UCUUUCUACUACUACAAACUGUCUGUGUGCACCUUGUGUUGACGGUUUAGUUAGCGGCUGGAAAAUUUGGAAAACUGCCUUAGGGAACGUCAACAAAUCUCAAAAUAACUUUGAUAGUGAAACAGACCUUUUACUAUUUGAAAUAACUUCGAAUCUAGCCCUAAGAGUGCGGCCUAGCGUUACCACAAAGUUUAUUUUGGAGUACGCGAAGAGGAGCGUGUUAAUAAACCAUGGCUAAACGUGGUAGUAAGUUGGCUAAGAAAGCCAAAAAGAAAGGGGUUGCUCACUCCAAAAUGAAAAACAUUCAGACUCUGAAGCGAAUAAAGAAUAAAGAGUUUACUCCAGCUGAAAGGAAAGCAAGAAAAGAGGCAAGACGAGAGAAACGGAAGAUGACCUAUGCAGAGUUACGUGCCAGGAAAUUAAAAGAACUCCAAAGGAAAGUGGAAUUUGAAGAUGAAAAUGAGCUUCAUCCUCUUUCUACUGAAAUCACAGGGGAUGACAUGAUCUCCAUGCUUGAACCAGAAGACCUGAAGUAUUUAAUGGAACAAAAUCAAGAUAAUGAUGAAGAAGAGGGACAGCAAAAUAAAACAGAAGCAGAGGAGGGGGAGGAGGAGAAACCUUUUGAAUUGGAGGAGAGAAGUUUCCAUCCUUUUGGAAAUGACAUCAAGUCUCUACUCCCUUUCAAAACUAAAUCAGGCAUUGUUGAAAGAUACACCAGCGAGAAGAGCAAGGGCAAAUUACGAUGUUUUGUCAAUCAUCAGUGUGCUUCCAUGGUUGCAAAUCCCACCAUUAGUAGGGAGACCCUGGCCAUUACUGCCACGUCUCCUACAUGUGAUGAGAGCGCUGACCAGAGGCAGUAUCUACCUGUAGCUGCGCUCUCACAAGGUAAUGUGGAUUCAGCUAAUGUAAUUGUUUGGAACAAAGUAUUGAGGCAGUUCAUUGACCAUAAAGUUGGGUUAUAA